AUGACCUCAUCAUCCGCGCCUGAAUCUUCAGGGCACACAACAACAAACAGCAAUAUCUUGACGGGUUAUACCCCUACCUAUACGCAACUGCACGCACAGAAUAAUGAUCAUACCAAUGAUAGCACCAACAACAGCAGUAAUAGUAAUAAUAACAGCAGUAGCAUUAGUGCUGGCUACUUAAGCCCACUCUCUGUACAACAUUCCUCUGUCCCGCAAAUCCGCUCUCCACUCGCCAUGGGCUUCACCAGCCAAGGCAACAGCGCCAGCAACAGUGCAGCAUUGAGCGCACGAUCAGGCUACAGUAGCCGCAUGAGAGGUCGAAGAGACUCAUUUCAACAGAGCUCUACCGCGUUCUCACCCAUCUUGGGCCAUAAUAACUCCAAUGUCUCGAGUGGAGUAGCUAAUCUGUACUCUCAUCAGGCAAGGCUUAGCUACCUGUGGCCUGGCGCAGCCGGCACUGCCGGAAGCAGUAAUCGAAACCGAUGCUUAAGUACGAGCAGCAUUGACAGUAAUGCUAGUUCAGUAGGCCUGGGUCAUCUAACACCAGCCCUGGCAGCCAUGAGUGUCCAACAUUCACAGCAAGAAUCAGCCACCAACUCUCCCUAUCAAUCUUACAAUAGCUCUCCUCAACAGAAUGGAUUCCAGCAUCACUACCAGCCACAGCAGCCAUCCUCCUCGGAAACUUCAUACCCCUAUCACAGCCCAUUCACAAGCCCUUUAUCCCAAUCUCAGGGCACUGAAUACGAUAGCCUCUCCAUGACUGCCGCCGAGAUUGCUAGCAAUAUUUAUGGAACCACUUCACCAGCCCAUGCUAACAAUGAUAUGAUGUACCACUCUUCCUCACACUAUGGAUCCAUGUCGUCUACAUCCGCCCAAAACUACAACAGCACCGUGCGGUAUGGGUCUAGCACUAUCCUCCCAUUGGGUCCUUCGCUCUAUUCGGAUACGGAUAGUUCCCGCAUGUCGCAACAUCCAUUUGAGUCGUCCUCGCCGCUAUCGGCCGCUGGUCCUAGUAUAGCUCGCUCGUUCGACUAUAAUGACCAAUACCAGACAUCACAGGGGCAGUGCUAUGGCCAACAAUCGCAACAAAGUCUUGGCGCCUUGGUAUCAAACAGUUUAGCUCGGCCUUCAUCCCCUGACAACAAUAUCGUUGAAAGUGGUCAGCAACAGCAAGAGUCCCAGCAAGAGCCACAGCAACAGUCGAAGCGCAUUCCUUCUGUUUCAGGUCCUCUUCAAACUGUAGAUGACAUCCAUGCCGUUAUUGGUAAAGAUGGAAAGACCCUGGUGUAUAUCUGUCCAAAAUGUGAUCCGAGCAAAGUUGUAGAGUUCACCACAAAGUCGAAUUUGAAGCGACACCUUGAGAACAAGAACAUUCAUAACACACCUUAUGAGCGCCAACGUGAUCAGAAACGGUGGCAAGGUCAUGAGAAGAAGCAGGUUAGUCGCGAUGAGACAACCCUGCGGAUGCGCAAGUGGAGGAAUUGUAACCCUGAGAAAAAUCGCUUUAACGAUAUGCGGUGUCGCGUGUACCGAAAUGCUCGAAAGAUUUACGGCGAAGGAUACUCUGAGGCCAAAGAAGAGUAUAUUCGCACUGAGAUUGAGCGUCGCAAACAAAAUAUGAUCAUCCGCAAUAGCCGUCGUCAAGAAUGGGCAAAUCAGACCGCAAAUAAUAACAGGGGAUCGGUUGAAUCCCCUUCCUCUCCAUCAGACUCCCCUGUGGUAUCCAGCACAUCGGGAUCUGGUUUUCCAAUGCCAGACACAACCGCCUUUAUGUUUACAAACCAAUAUGAGUCGGAAUCCUCCAUGGUAAACAGCCAGGAGAUUUCCGCUUAUAGCCCUUUUAGUAGUAUACCUUCUUCUGUUCAAGCUGUGUCUAAGAGUGAAAGACAGAAGCCCGAUGAAUCAAAGUUCCUGCAAGAUUUAAAGGAGAACAGACUACCUCCUCGACGCCGUUCACGCUCAAUCAUCCAUGCUACAGGCAAUAACGCUGCAAGUCAAUCAAAGGGAAACAGCCACUCGAGCAUCAACUCCGGUCCUACGAUUAGUACUGCGCCAGCUGCUGGUGCUGGCACCACUCCUAGUAGCUCUGUCCCAUUUAAGAGUCCGGAAGAGAAUCCAUUCACUUCGUUAGCAUCAUAUGCCGACAGCCUUGCAUCCAAUUACUAUGGCUAUAGUUCUUCCAGCACACGGCCCCGUCGGCUCAGGAAACAGCGCUCUGCAAGUGGUGCAUCGGGGGCCUUCCAUGAUAACCAGACCUUUUCGAGCUCUAGCGCUAUCCACGGUUACCCUAAUAUUGUUGGUGGAGCCUACUCCAGCUACAUGGACUCAAACCAGCAAUUGCAAAUGCUGGAACAGAAGUAUAACUCUGGAUCGAUUACUCAGAGCAUAUUGAUGAAUAAGAAUGAAGCAUCAUCACAGCAGCAGCAGCAGCAGCAGCAGCAACAAGAACAAUCAGGUCAUGAAAGCCUUGAUUCAGUUGUUGAGGCUAUGGAAAUUAGCCAGGCAAUGGAUAUGACCACAAAUCCAAUCAACCCGAACACAGUUGCUUCCGCUGGAGGUAUUUAUGGGGAUCGUGAUACUUCUGCCUGGCUGGCUCCUUCGGCAGCUUAUAAUGCGCAGAAUCUCCAAGGCUCCACUCAGCAAGAUGAUGGGUCGAAGGGGUUUCCCUUCCCAGUGAUCCGUGAUCGAAAGGAGCCCGCUCGCGCUGCAGGCAUUCGGCUAGACAUCCCUCCACAGCAUCCGCUGGAUCCCAACCAGUGGAUCAACGGGAUGAAUGCCACUAAUUCUAAUGGGACUGCAGACGAGAUUGUAGGCGGUUCUGCAGCCUCAUUAGAAUCAACAACGGUCAGCCGUCAGGAGCAUUCGCCUAUGACUCGUUCGCCACUGUCUGCUGCACUGUCUUCGCCCACAGCAGGUGGAUCCAACCCCACUAAUAAGAACCAUCAACAAGCUGGCGAUGAGGAGAAUACUAAGGGUGUUGAAUAUAACUCAAACAAUAACACAAAUACCGUCUUUUCAUUCACAAAAUCCAAAGGUCCCUGUUUCGACAUAUUUGGUAUGCAGAGUAUGCCAAUGCCAAUGUAUGGCCAGAGCUUAAGCUCUUCUGAGAGUGGAUUCUUCAUAUCUGACACCAGCUCGAUGACCGAGAAUAACAACUAUCUUGCCAAGGAGCAAGGCGUGGCGAGGCGCCAUAGCACAGCAAUGGCCAAUCUCUCUUCAUUGUAA